GUUUAUCUACCACCUAUUCGAUGAAUGCUCAAUAGAAGAUGGCAUUUUUUAAUGCUCAACAUUUGAGUUACAUUGCAAUCUGUUCUUUUUCUUUUUGUGUCCUGCUUUGGUUUGUUAAGAAUGGGUUUUUUUUAAGAUGAGUUUACGUGUUUUGGAUUUAUGGUAUGGUUCGUCUACUACCUAUUCAACAAAAUGCUUAAGAUAAGUAGUUUCAAUAGUCUUUGUGCAUUGUGUUGGCUGAUUUUAGCAUGUUGCACCAUCCAAAUCUAGAAUAUCUCAAGCUAGCUAGUAGUCUCUUACCUGUUUUUAGAAAACCAUGUGGUUUUUUAGGAUUCAUGAAAUAUAUGGACAAAUUUAGGUACUUGCAGGCAAGUUAAGUCCCUCGUUGUAUUAAAUCCCUUGUUCAUAACAUUAUAGGAGUCUUCUUUGUUCUUAACAUCAGAGUGAAGUCCUUAUUCAUAACAUUAUAGGAGUCUUUUGUACCUUAAAUCAGAGUGAAGUUCCUUGUUCCUAACAUUUCAACUUUUUAAAAACCAUAAGUUGUUGUAUUAAAUCCUUUGAAGCAUGCUACCUAUACAUAGUUGGUCUUUGGUUUUAAAUUCAACAGAUUGGUUUGCCUCUGUUAUUUUUAAUCUUUAGUAAAUGAUAUCGACCCUUCAAGAAACAAAGUAAGUUUAUGAUUGAUCAAUCAUUGUUAUAUACAGCCCCUAUGGCGAACACGAUGAACAGAAAUAGAGGACAAGACACCACGCUUGCAUUCACAAAACAACCUUAUGUCGAAGAUGUUGGCCCACGAAGGAUCAAGAGCAUUAAGUUCUCAAUGUUUUCUGAUGCGGAUGUUCUCAAACUGGGGGAAAUUCAAGUUUCUCGUUCCCAAUGUUAUGUGAGUCAAGACAACAAAAGCCCUGUUCCGAAUGGCUUGUUGGACCCCCACAUGGGUCCUCCGAACAAGUUGGGCACAUGUGAUACGUGUCAUGGGCAAUUCCAAAAUUGCCCUGGUCACUUUGGUUACUUGACACUUGUGCUGCCGGUUUAUAAUGUUGGAUAUUUAUCUCAUAUUGUGGACAUUUUGAAGUGCAUAUGCAAGUUUUGUUCUCGCAUAUUGUUGCUGGAGGAAGAACGUGUAGACUUCUUAAAGAAGAUGAGAAAUCCAAAAUUGGACCAUUUGAAGAAGAACGAAAUUUUUAAAAGGGUAGUUAAAAGGUGCACUGCUAUGGCAAGUAGUAAGAAGGCUGUGACAUGCUCCAGAUGUGGUUAUAUAAAUGGUAUAGUGAAAAAGGCUGUUGGAACGGUAGGAGUUAUACAUGACCGUAACAAAGUCCAAGAUACUACCUCAAAGGAGUCCAAUGAUGCUAUAUCUCACAUGAAAGAGUCGAAGACACCUGCUAUUUUGUCUUCUUUUCUAAAUCCUGACAAAGUUCUUAAACUUUUUAAGAAGAUGCUGGAUGAGGAUUGUGAUUUGCUUUAUCUUGCUGAUAGACCUGAGAAACUCAUUAUAUCAAACAUUCCCGUUCCUCCACUACCUAUUCGUCCUUCUGUCAAAGUUGAUGGUGGAACAACAAGCAAUGAGAAUGACAUUACCCUGAGAUUGGCAGAAAUUAUAAAGGCCAAUGCUACUCUUAAUCAGGUGUUAUCAGAAACAAGUGUUAAUAAUAAAAGCCUGGAUGGGUGGGAGCAUCUGCAACUUAUGGUUGCGCUAUAUAUAAACAGUGAUGUUCGUGUACCGCCACAAUUGAGUAUGCAAAAUGCCAAACCUAUGAGUGGUCUUGUUCAGCGCAUGAAGGGGAAACAAGGACGUUUUCGAGGGAACUUGUCUGGGAAGCGUGUUGAGUAUACUGGCAGGACGGUUAUCUCACCCGACCCUAAUCUAAAGAUAACAGAGGUUGCAAUUCCUAUCUUAAUGGCUCGCAUUUUAACUUAUCCCGAGCGUGUUUCACAUCACAAUAUAGAGAGACUGAGACAUGCUGUCCGUAAUGGAACUUCUAAAUACCCUGGUGCAAAGCAUAUCAGAAAGCCAGAUGGUACCAUGAUGUCAUUGAGUAUCAAUGCCAGAAAGCGUUUGGCUGAUGAGUUGAAAUUUGGUGACGUCGUUGACCGUCAUUUAGUAGACGGUGAUGUGGUUCUCUUUAACAGGCAACCUAGCUUACAUCGUAUGUCAAUCAUGAGCCACAGGGCAAGGAUUAUGCCUUGGCGCACAUUGAGAUUCAAUGAAUCCGUUUGCAAUCCUUACAAUGCUGAUUUUGAUGGUGACGAGAUGAAUAUGCAUGUUCCGCAAACAGAAGAGGCUCGAACGGAGGCUCUUAUGCUGAUGGGGGUGCAAAACAAUUUAUGCACGCCAAAGAACGGGGAGAUUUUGGUCGCAUCUACUCAAGAUUUCUUGACAUCUUCCUUCCUUAUAACAAGGAAGGACACUUUCUAUGAUCGUGCUUCAUUUGCACUUAUGUGUUGUUAUAUGGGUGAUGCAAUGGAUCCUCUCGAUUUGCCAACUCCUGCUGUAGUCAAGCCAAUAGAGCUUUGGACUGGUAAACAAUUGUUUAGUGUACUGUUGCGCCCACAUGCAGAUAUGAGAGUCUAUCUGAAUCUCAUUCUUACUGAAAAGAGUUACACCAAGCCGAGUGGAAAAAGGGACAAGCCUUACGAGACAAUGUGUCCUAAUGAUGGAUAUGUCUACAUCCACAAUAGUGAACUUAUAAGUGGCCAGCUUGGGAAGGCUACUUUAGGGAAUGGUAACAAGGAUGGACUUUAUUCGGUUCUUCUUAGGGAUUACAAUUCACAUGCUGCUGCUGCUUGUAUGAACCGCUUAGCAAAACUAAGCAGAAUCAUUUCUGAAGGGNGCUGGAUAGGAAAUCAUGGGUUUUCGAUUGGAAUUGAUGAUGUUCAACCUGGGGAUGAUUUGAAUGACAACACAAGCAGAAUCAUUUCUGAAGGGAAUAGAAAAUGUGAUAAUUUCAUACUUGAUUUCAAUAAAGGAAAACUCAAGUUGCAACCUGGCUGUAAUGCUGCUCAGACACUCGAAGCUGAGAUAACCGGUGUCCUAAAUAAGAUCAGAGAUGAAACYGGAAAGGUAUGUAUGGAAAAACUACACUGGAGGAACAGCCCCUUGAUUAUGUCUCAGUGUGGUUCUAAGGGAUCCCCAAUCAAUAUUAGUCAGAUGAUUGCAUGUGUUGGUCAGCAAUCAGUUGGAGGCCAACGUGCACCAAAUGGAUUCAUUGAUCGGAGCCUUCCUCAUUUUCAGAGGAUGUCAAAGACCCCUGCUGCGAAGGGGUUCGUAGCAAAUUCCUUUUAUAGUGGUUUAACUGCUACCGAGUUUUUCUUCCACACAAUGGGAGGGCGAGAAGGGCUUGUGGAUACAGCGGUUAAGACAGCUGACACAGGUUAUAUGUCCCGAAAACUGAUCAAGGGACUGGAAGACCUAUCUGUGUACUAUGACAACACAGUAAGGGACUCUAGUGCAUGUAUCGUUCAAUUUACUUAUGGUGGCGAUGGAAGGGACCCAUCUCAAAUGGAAGGAAAGGCAGGAUUUCCUCUGAAUUUUGAUAGGUUAUUAAUGAAAGCCAAGGCUACAUGUCCUGCUGGGAAACAUAGAGGCUUGUCUUCUUCGGAGAUCCGUGAAGUGGUUGAUGAGCGUUUUUCAAUGCAUGAUAUGACUCCAGAAGGGGGUUGCUCUGAGGAUUUUAGGAAGAAACUAAAAGAGUUCAUCGAAAAAUAUGCUACAACACUAGAAAGCACAAGGAGAGCACUUCAACCACACAAUGUACAAAUUCAGGACGAAGAAUCCACGAUUCUUGAAGAUGUUGCUCAAAGCAUAUCUGGCAUCACUUCUCAACAGCUGCAGGUAUUUCUAAAUACUUGCAUCUCUCGUUACCAUCAAAAGAAGAUUGACGCUGGAACAAAUAUUGGUGCAAUUGGUGCUCAAAGUAUUGGAGAACCAGGAACACAAAUGACAUUGAAAACUUUCCAUUUUGCUGGAGUUGCAAGCAUGAAUGUCACUCUUGGGGUGCCUCGUAUCAAGGAAAUCUUAAAUGCAGCCAAGAAAAUUAGCACGCCUGUUAUUACUGCGAAGCUCAAAACUAAUAAUAACGUAUCAUUUGCAAAGCUGGUAAAAGGCCAAAUGGAGAGAACUCUUUUGGGGCAGGUUGCAAAGAGUAUAAAGCUUGUAUUGGGAUUAAGAUCUGCAUCUAUUGUCAUUUCUCUCGACAAAGAAACAAUUCAAGCGCUGCAACUCUCUGUAGAUGCAUAUACUGUGAAAGAAUCAAUACUAAAGACUCCUAAAAUCAAACUGAAGGAACAGCAUAUCAAGGUUUUGGAUGCUAGAAAACUUGAAGUUAAUCCUUCCUCUGAUAGGAAUAAACUCUAUUUUGAUCUUCAUUGGCUCAGAAAUAAGCUUCCAACAGUAGUUGUGAAGGGCAUUGGUACAAUUGAACGAGCUGUGAUUAACAAAAAGAAGGAUCAGGACAAGUUUAACUUGCUUGUGGAAGGAAUGGGGCUCCAAGCAGUGAUGGGCAUGGAAGGAAUUAAUGGGCAUGAAACCACAAGUAAUCAUAUUCUUGAACUACAAAGCACACUUGGCAUUGAAGCUGCAAGAAGGUCCAUUAUUAAAGAGAUCCAAUACACUAUGGAAAGUCAUGGAAUGAGUAUCGAUAUUCGACAUAUGAUGCUUCUAGCUGAUGUCAUGACAUAUAAGGGGGAAGUUUUGGGAAUCACAAGAUUUGGCAUUCAGAAAAUGAAAGAAAGUGUGUUGAUGUUGGCUUCAUUUGAGAAGACGUCGGAUCACCUGUUUAAUGCAUCUGUGAAUGGACGAGUUGACAAGAUAGAAGGCGUUAGUGAAUGCAUAAUCAUGGGCAUACCGAUGCAGACAGGCACAGGAAUGAUUGGAGUUAAACAAAGAGUUCCGCAUGUGGAGAUGUGCAAGGGAUCGGAGGUGAUUUUAUCUUAAGCUGCUGAGUACAGAAAACGCCAUUUUCUCGUUGCCCAGCAUCUUUUGAGUCGAAAAGUGGUUAGCCAUCAGCGUAAACAAUUUUGAUGAAACAGCAUCUAACUCGAAUUAGACAGGGAGUUUGGUACGUAAAAGAAUUGCAAAGGUAGCAGUCGGAAAACCGAUAAUUGACGCUAUUCGACUUGUUAAUUUGCGGGAUUUUUAUACUAUUUCUAGAUAUGUAGAUAGAAUUUUCCCCAUAAACAAAAUGGUUUCAUAAGUUUUUUAGUCUUUUUUCUUCUUGGGAGGGUUCAUAUUACUUGAUAUGUUCUUAGAGUCCAAUGGUGUAAAUACAGAAAUUAGUAUGAUCUUUGAGAUGAUGUGAAUUUAUUUGA